AUAAAAAAGACUUGGGAAGUUCUACAAUAGAUACCUCAUCUCCAAAACAAAUCCGUUUUCGAUUUGAGAAUCUCAAUUCUACAACACCGCCAAAAUGGUUAAGACUAGUGUUUUGAACGAUGCGCUCAAUGCCAUCAACAACGCCGAGAAGGCUGGCAAGCGCCAGGUCCUCAUCAGGCCUAGCUCUAAGGUCAUCGUCAAGUUCCUGUCUGUCAUGCAGAAGCACGGCUACAUUGGUGAAUUCGAGGAAGUUGAUGACCACCGAUCUGGAAAGAUCGUCAUCCAGCUCAACGGCCGCCUGAACAAGACCGGUGUUAUCUCUCCCCGCUACAACGUUCAGCUCCGUGAGCUCGAGAAGUGGGUUGUCCGCCUCCUCCCAUCCCGUCAGUUCGGAUACAUCGUUCUCACCACCUCUGCUGGUAUCAUGGACCACGAGGAAGCCCGUCGCAAGCACGUUGCUGGAAAGGUUAUCGGUUUCUUUUACUAGAUUCUGAU